AUGACCAAAAUAUCUUCUGAGACACUGGAAACUGGCAGCAGCAAUAGCGACAUCUUCUCCCUGGGCAAGCUAGAGGGAUUACCCCCUCGGUCCAACUUCCAGCCGACAGGAAGUGAGGAGACCAUCAUCAGCGUGAUAGUGGAACUUCUCCAAAGAGUGGGAGACCAGUGGGAGGAGGAGCAUCUUCAAGCUCCUCGGCCAGAGGUGGUUCCACAGAACCCAGUGCCAGCCGUCAGGAAGAAAUCCCAAGAGAAGAAGUCUAGCCUCAAGAGAGCCUUUCCUCAUAAGAAACACAGCUCCGAGGAGCCUAAGAGAGUGGGGCCUGCAGAUGUUUCCAGCCCGGAGUCCUGGCCACUCAGGAGGCCCAACUUUUUGCCCCUGUGGGGGGGGGGCCAUCAGCCCUCCGCCUCCAGCAGCCCUGGUUCGGAGGAACCCCAUGUCCAAGAGGCCCUGUCUGCAGACAGCGGGGCUCCAAGUUCCUUCGAGCUUGCUGCCCAAGCAGGAAGCCAGGGACCCGAAGAGGACUUGCAGAUGAACAGAGCCUUGGAAUUCCAAGAAUUCAUCCAGAAGAUCAUUACCCUACUCCAGGAUGCGGAGGAGCAGUGGGGAGAGAAGCAGCUUCAAGUCCAGGAACCGGAGGUGGCUGUAGAAAACCUGUCCCCAUCCUGCAGAAGAAAAUCGCAUGAGAAAAAGUCCAGCUCCAGAAAAGCCUAUUCUCAUAAGAAACGCGGCUCCAAGGAACCGAAGAGAGCGGGGGCUGCAGCUGCCACCAGCCCGGAGUCCCGGCCGCACAAGAGGCCCAGCUUCCUGCCCAUGUGCAUGGGGGGCCAUCAGCCCUCCACCUCCAGCAGCCUCGAUCUGGACGAUGCUGAGUUCCAGGAGUCCUCGCCUACAGAAGGGACACCUGUUGGAUCCUCAGAAGCGCCCCCCAAGACCAGGGGCCACAAGCCAGAGGAGGGACUGCAGCCGGAUGAAGUGUUCGAAUCUAAGGAGCUGAUCAUUCAGGGGCUGGUGGAUCAUCUCCAAGAAGUGGAUGACCAGUUGGGGGAGCAGAUCAGGCGACACCCCAGCUUUAAGAGGUUUUUACACAAGCUCUCCGACUCCUCCCUCAGGAAGUUGGCAGCCACCCUGCAGAGCCGGAAGGCCCACCCUGCAGAGCCGGACAGGGACCUCACCAAGGGACCCUACCACUUUGCCUUUGGCCCGUCUAACAAAUUUGCCGGCAACAAUAGCCACGCCGUCCUCAGCCUCAUGGGCCUGUGCUCUGGCCAUAGCCAGCACAGCUAUACCCACCUCCUGUGCCCGGUGGCCCAGCAGAACAUCGCAAGUCUUGAAAUCCAAAGUCCAGAUUAAAAGCUAUGCUUUAAACUCAAGCUCCCUUGAACUAUUCAAACAAUUGGUGGCUUUAGGCAGGACCCUCUGAGGAUGCUUCAUGACACCCUCCCCAGAUAUGAACGAAGACAAGGAUGGAUGGCCAUCUGCAUACGUGUGCCAUCGUGGGCUUCUUGAGACUGGGAUACACGAAUCCCUCUUCCACUUAGCUGGACGCAGAGGCAAUGCUGGGGGAAGGAGAGCACUGCACCGGGAGUUAGGAGACCAGAGCUCCACCUGCUGAGCUGCCCCAAACUUGCUGCAAGACCCCGGACUUGUUUGUCUUCCACUCCAGACCUUGGAUUCUGGGCAAGUCUAUGUACACGACCCAUCAGAUUCCUUCUGACUCCAUCAUGCUGAAGUCUCUUUAAACGGGGGGAGGUUGGUGCUUCCACUCAGUGGCUAAAUACACCCCACUGAGCUGGAGGCAGUCCUUAAGUCCUCAUUGAAGGAAUGAAUGACCAGACGAAUGAGUGGGAGAGCUCCUGAGAUCCAGGUGAUUCUGCCAGGCAUUCCUUGGGAGGCCUUGGUCUUCCGCUAGAAUUGCGCAACCCGUAGUUCUCUCUCUAAAUUGGGGGCUAGGGCGGAAAUGGGGAGCUACCUUGACAGGCACUGGUCCUGAGCAUUGAACCAGGAGUCAGGGCUUUCACAUUCUGGGGUUAACCCUAGUACCAACUUAUGUACCCUUAUUUUUUACUAUCAUGUAUUUUCCUGAUCUGUAGGGGCUACAACUAUGCCUACUAUCAUGUGGAAGGCCGGCUGGCAUUUUCUAGAUGACAAUUUCAAAUGAGUCUUAGUUUGUUUUUGUUUUUUAAGAUUUUAUUUAUUUAUUUGUCAGAGAGA